CUCCUCCUCCUCCUCUCUCCCUCUUUCCCCUUCCCUUUCUCGCCCCCUUACUGCCGUAUUGUCACGGCCAUGUCCACCGAGCCCGACGCCUCCUUUGCCGGGCGCGACCGGCGCCGGAAACCGGCAUCCGGCAAGAAGUCCGACUCGCCGGGCCACCAGCAACACCCCCAUGCGGGCGAUGAGGCCGGGGACCAGAAGCACCGCCGAGGUCGGCCACAGCGUCCGCGCGGGACCUCCUCUGCGGCUGGGGCUGCCGUGGUGACGGCUCGGCCGAAGCCGGCCGAAGAUGCCUCGGCCGAGUCGGCCUCCUGCGAUGUGAACUACUUCAACUACUAUGCGCAGUUGACCAACCAGCAGAACAUGCUGCAGGAUGCCGUGCGCACGACGCACUACCAGCAUGCCAUCCUGGAGAAUGGCACAGACUUCAAGGAUAAGGUUGUCCUGGAUGUCGGUGCCGGUUCGGGCAUUUUGUCUUUCUUCGCGGCCCAGGCCGGUGCCCGUCAUGUUUAUGCCGUUGAAGCCAGCAACAUGGCCGACAUCGCCAAGAAGCUGGUGGCCUCCAACAACAUGACCAACAAAAUCACCGUCCUGAAGGGGAAGCUCGAGGAGGUGACCCUGCCCGAGCAGGUGGACGUCAUCAUCUCGGAGCCCAUGGGUGUGCUGCUGGUGCAUGAGCGCAUGAUUGAGACCUUCCUCCUGGCGCGCGAUCUCUGGCUGCGUCCGGGCGGCCUCAUGAUGCCCUCCACCUCGACCAUCUUCCUGGCUCCCUUCACCGACAACUCCCUGUAUACGGAGAUCAUGAGCCGAGUGCGCUUCUGGGAGACGAAGGAUUUCUAUGGCGUCGAUCUGUCGGCGCUGCACAAGUCGGCCUUGGAGCACCACUUUAACCAGCCGGUUAUCGGCUGCUUCGAGGCACAAACCAUGCUCGCGGCCCCGGCGCAGCACUUCAUCAACUUUGGGGCCCACCUGCUGGAGCAGCUUCAGUCCUUCACCAUCCCCUUCGACUUCCUCUGCACAUAUACCGGCAUCAUGCAUGGCCUUGCUGGGUGGUUUGAUGUGAGCUUCAAUGGCCAAACCAAGACCAUCAUCCUGAGCACCUCGCCCUUCAGCCCGAGGACACACUGGUAUCAGAUCCGCUUCUUGUUCAAGAAUCCCAUCGCCGUGAAUGCCUCGCAGCGCCUCAUCGGCCAGGCGACCUUCACAGUGAACGACCAGCGGAGUUACGACAUCACCAUCGCCGCCGCCGUCUAUGACCACAUGGCCACCGUCCAGACCGGGGUCCAUGUGCGUGAAGUGUAUCAUCUCCAGGACCAGCAGUAUUGGUACCCGCCGGUGGCCGAUCCAGCCACCAGUGUCAACCCCGAGGCGCACCACAUGUAUGCCACUCACUCUUGAUGCGGUGACGGCCGCGGGCCCGGGCGUCCGGACGGCGAGAGGGCCUCCGGUCGAGAGAUGUGCGCGCGCGCGCGCGCGCGCCGGGUCGCCGGUCCUUCUCCUCCUCGCCGGAGCGAGGAACGCCGCGGCGGGCCCGAGCCCCGGUGGGCCUGCCUCCUGGCCAAAUACAGCAUCCACCCCACAACACGAGCGCAACCGAUG